UUCUAUCUCGAACCCACCAAACCAAACCAAAGUACAGAACCACUCACAUUCCUCGAUCUUCAAAACCUCUCACGUUUUCCCACACUCCCUUUCCCAUUAUCAAAACCCUGGGAACAAGAAGAAGAAGAAGAAGACCUCCUUCUCCUCCUCCAUUUUCCUUCGAGCCAAACACCACCUUUGCUUGCAGAACCAGAAGCUAGAAACACUCUUGUGUGUGAACAACAAGAAGCAAGUAAAAAGGUCCAACCUUUCAUUCUUCAGACAUUCUCCUGUCUGUCAUUUUCUUUCAAGCCAAACAGACAUGCCUCCAAUCAUCUCUAUCCUCUUCGUAUUCUUCCUCUUUCCCUUUGUACCUCUUUCUUCCCUUUCUGAGCUGCCUGCUUUAAUGGCCUUGAAAGCCUCUCUCGACCCACAAAAUCAGUUCUUGACCUCGUGGACUCCUCACUCUGAUCCUUGUAGCGGGGCUUUUGAAGGCGUGGCUUGCAACGAUCAAGGUCGUGUGGCUAAUAUCUCUCUGCAAGGCAAAGGUCUCUGGGGUGAAAUACCCGAGACUGUGGCUGAGCUCAAGAGCUUGACGGGUCUUUACCUGCAUUUCAACUCAUUGAAUGGGAAUAUACCUAAGGAGCUUACAACAUUAAGUCAGCUUACUGAUUUGUAUCUCAAUGUCAAUAAUCUUUCCGGGGAAAUCCCACAUGGGUUUGGAAACAUGCCUAAUCUUCAAGUUUUGCAGCUGUGUUAUAAUAGAUUGACUGGAAGUAUACCAAUUCAACUUCGAUAUCUGAAGAGGCUUAGUGUUCUUGCUCUUCAAUAUAAUCAACUAACCGGUGCAAUUCCUGCAAGUUUGGGGGAGCUGAAGUCACUAACGAGGUUGGAUUUGAGCUUUAAUAACCUAUUUGGUUCUGUUCCUGCAAAAUUAGUCGAGGCUCCCAUGUUAGAAGUCCUUGACAUCCGAAACAAUUCUCUAUCCGGUACCAUCCCACAAGUUUUUAAAAGACUCGGUGGAGGAUUCCAAUACGAAAACAACCCAAACUUGUGUGGGGUUGGGUUUCCUGACUUGCAGGUUUGCACAGCAAGUGAGGGUUGGGACCCAACCAGGCCGGAACCAUAUCAGCCUAGUAACUUCUCUGCCAACGGUUUCCCAAACUCAACCAGUAACCAUUCCACAAAAGACCUCCCAGAGUCUGUAAAUUUAGAGUCGAAUUGCAGCGGAGCUAACUGUUCAAAGCCAUCUAAGUCUCCUCAAAUUGGUGUAGUUUUGGGGGUUACUGGACUCUUUGUUGCUUUUGUUGUUUCUGGUAUUUUCUCAUUCUCAUUGUACCGUCGCCGUAAACAGAAAAUUGGAAGUACUUUCUACCCAUCAGAUAGCCGGCUUAGCACUGAUCAGGUCAAGGAGGUUUACAGGAAGAGUGCAUCUCCCCUCAUCAGUCUGGAAUACUCGAACGGAUGGGACCCCUUUGCUAAAGGUAGUGGUGGAUUCUCUCAGGAGGUACUUGAGAGCUUCAUGUUCAAUCUAGAAGAAGUUGAGCGCGCAACUCAGUGCUUCUCAGAAGUGAAUUUAUUGGGAAAAAGCAGUUUCUCUGCCACCUACAAGGGCAUCCUGAGAGAUGGAUCAGUUGUUGCUGUAAAAUGCAUUGCAAAGACGAGCUGUAAGUCUGACGAAGCUGCAUUCCUGAAGGGAUUGAAGAUGUUAACAUCAUUGAAACAUGAAAAUCUUGUCAAGUUGAGAGGCUUUUGCUGUUCAAGAGGAAGAGGCGAGUGUUUUCUUGUCUAUGAUUUUGUCCCAAGAGGAAGUUUGUUGCAGUAUCUUGACACUAAGGAAGGCACUGGUACGGCUCUUGAAUGGGCAACCAGAGUAUCUAUUAUCAAUGGUGUUGCCAAAGGUAUUGCUUAUUUGCAUGGAAAUAAGGGGAGAAAAUCAGCUAUAGUUCACCAGAAUAUCUCAGCAGAGAAGGUGCUCAUAGACACCAACUAUAAGCCCAUGAUCUCGGAUUCAGGACUACACAAACUCCUUGCAGAUGAUAUCAUCUUCUCUAUGCUAAAAGCCAGUGCUGCCAUGGGAUACCUGGCUCCUGAGUACACAAACACCGGUCGUUUCACUGGAAAAAGUGACGUGUAUGCCUUUGGUAUGAUCAUAUUUCAAAUUCUGACUGGAAAACAGAAAAUAACCCAAUCAGCUCGCCAAGGCGCAGAAGCAUGCAGAUUUGAAGACUUCAUCGAUCCAAGCCUCGCUGGGAAGUUUGCAGAAUGUGAUGCAGUUAAGCUUGCUAAACUAGCUCUGCUCUGUACUCAUGAAUCUUUCAACCACAGGCCCUCAAUGGAAUGUGUUGUUCAAGAGUUAAGCGGGUUAGUAGUGAGUCAAUAAUAUAAUGUUAGAAAGUUUUUGGCCUAAAUUAGUAUGGAUGAUUUAACUAACUAUGAAUAGUUUGCUGCUUAAGUAGGGUUUUCUAGUUCUUCUGACUAUCAUGUAUGUAAGGCUUAUCUACUUGUUUGUUGUAAUUCGUAUUAGGCAGGCAGAACAAAAUUAGUUUAUUUAGUUGGUGGGUAAGACUACUUGAAAUGUGAGUUUGUUCAUAAUUACUAGUGUUGAGUGUCUCGAGUUUUUGCUGAGAAAAAAGUGAGUCUUUUUCUGGCGACUAGUAAUUAAAAUCAUUAUACAUUAUUAGCU